AUGAGCGUGCCGCCUUCAAGCGCUCCUCCUAUUCCUCCUACAACCUUCCAAACACCUAAUGGAGCGAAUAAUGCAUCACCCAAAGAUCUUCGGGACUUUCUCAAAUCUUUAAAUGACGACAAUCCACCAUUAGUAUUGGAUAAACCACUUUGGCUGCGCCUGCUUGCCAGCCUACUGGAGCAAGUCUUUGGCUGUUUUCCUUAUUUCAAGCCAACAAUGUUAGGCACCACCAACGAGCGCAUCGAGCUUACAGACGUCACGCUAGAUGUCUUUUCACGUGUCGGAAAAAGGGCUGAUUCACUUGACUGGCUUUAUGCUGAUGAGGAGCAUUUAUCUAAAAAAGUAUUUGUACACUUUUUGGGCCUUUGCACUUCGACAGAAUCAUGGUUAGAAGUUGCCGACGAAGGCGAUUCAGGCGGUGCAUCUAACACGCUAUAUUCCAAAGCUUGCGGAACUCUCGUCGAAUUCUUACAACUUUUGUCAUUUUCAAGUUUUCCAGGAGGAGAUUCUAGUGAUCUGCAAAGGGGAGUCCUGCAGGACAUUUUGUACGAAGCGACAAACUUAUGUACUACAAUAAUCUCUGCUCGACACGAAUCGUGUCCUCUUGACAUUCACUGGUUCUCUACCCCACCGUGUUUAAAGACCACAACUGAGGACUGUUCCAUUCCGUGUCCCAUAGACACCAUAAACGUGAUCAGGCUGCCGUCCCCAUCUCAUUUUCCUGUCUUGACCAGCAUCAUCGUCGAAUUAUUUGGCAGACUGUUUUCAACUGCGAGGCUUUCUUAUUUCAUCACGGCUGCUAUGCUCCGUCACGUCUCUGAACUUACUCGUCGUGUAUACGAUUUUUGCUCUGAAUGUCCUACCUCUCCUGC